AUGCAAGUGAUGCAAUGCGAAAUUAUUUGUAAUUUUCACGUCACAAUGACGAGUCGAGGCCGUAGUCUUACACAUGCAAGCGAGUGGGACUCGCACGAGGACUACAACGAUUCUUUAUAUGAAACACAGUAUGCUGAUGAUAGUGCAAGCGUUACUACAAACUUGGAUCAUUGUCGUCUUUAUAUCACAAACAUUCCGAGGGGCCUGAAUGACGAGGGUCUGAGGACAGCAUUCUCCAAGUUUGGGACUUUAGUUGAGGUCUACCUCAGCAGGGACCCGUUGAAGAAGUACGGACUUCUCAGCUAUGAAACACCUGGUGAAGCGAAACUAGCCAUGAUGAAGAUGAACAAGACUGAACCUUUGAAAUUAAAUAUCAACAUUGCUCGCAAGGCUAGCAAGAAGACCAAUGACAAACCGCGUAAGGAGAGGCAAAAUAGGUCCAAUAACAAUAACACUGGACGAGAUAGAAACAGUAACAAGGAUGAGAGUGGAAGUGUUGACAGCAAGGGGAUUGGAUCCAGGGCGCAAGAAAGUGCUUUGACUGAUACAAUGACUAACAAUGGUGAUAACAAUACCGAUGAACUACUAGAAGAUGACUAUGGUUUUGAGGACAUCCUGGAUCCUAAACUGACCCUUGAGCUGGAGGCGUUGAAGAUGGAGCAACUCAAGGUGAAGGAAGAGCAGCUGCAAUGUAAAUCCCGGAUGAUUAUGCUGAAACGUCAGGAAAAGAGGCCGCUUUCUCACAGUGGCGCCAGCAAUAGGUGCGUAUUGCCUGAUGGAAAAAUUAUACUUCACAAUGCUGCUGAUCGAAGCGCAGCAGACUUGGACGCCAAUCACAGCGCUGGCGCUGGCGACUCGAAUGGAACAAUGAUCUGUUGCUCCUGUAAAAGCAAGGCCAAGAGCUCUUGGGAUCCACAAACGGAUGGUAGUUCUACCCCUUCCACUUGUGUACUAUGCUCCGAAGAUCAAAGCGACAACAAGAAUCGAGAUAAGUCCGUCACUAGUAAAGUUACAGAUAAGAAAUCUGAGUAUUCUACUAAAAUAGCCGGUAGUAAUACGGGUGCGCGCUCCCAUAGUAAGACGACAAAAAAAUCUGACUGUAGCAAGAUCACUGGAUCUGUUAGCAAAAAAUCUGACGCAACUAGUAAGAAACAGAUAAAGCGAUGCGGCAUUUGUAGGAGUGAGGUGACGUGCGAUUUGAAAUACAGUGACUUUUAUACAGACAGUGAUGACGAAGAUGAGACAAACAGACUCAUACAGUUACGGAAUGCUGACUACGUGGACAUAGUAAACGAAGACCUUAAACUCGUUAUAGCUAUAGCAGGAUAUCCCAAAUCUAAAAUGAGAUUGAGACAAAUGGAACAAUUUCAGCGCAGUCUCACUGAGGUCAUUGAUAUGCAGUUAAAGGCAGGUCUUCUAAAGCGGGUACCGUCGUUUUUAGAUUACUAUUUAAAUAGAGGAGCUUUAGUAUGUAUUUGUAAAGAUUGCGAAACUAGAGAUUGGAUGGUUAGAGUUUGUCCGAGACUUCAGGAAAGAAUGCAAAAUAAUUUAGUGCUUUUAAAAGCUAAAGUGAAAAGGUUGUGUCUUGCUGUACUCAAAAUUCCAAGGCUAUGUUGGCCAGCGACCGCCCAAGAUGCUUUCAAACUCCUUCAGUAUUUCAAUCCUACCUUAAAAACUAAUUUAUGGAAGAUUUAUGCACAGAAAUUAGUAGAUGAUGUAGAGUACACCUCUUUUCUUAUUGACAGAGUCUCGGGAGAGAUGAUUAGAGGGCCAUCGUUCAAAAAUGUUAUUGAUUACAGUCAAAUGGAAUUUGAGUUGACAGGUUAUACCGAAAUUUAUUAUGAAUGUUUGCUAUUUGGCAUGGAAGAAGAUAUACGCAGUGUCGGUUCUAGAGUAAAAGUAUUAGCAGAGUUAAGGUCUACAGAGACGACACCUAGACCCACUUCUGUAGUAAGCGUAAAAGCAAUGGACGUUCCUGAAAAAGCAGCAGAAAGUACCGAAGUCGUGGAGCAAAGUCAGCAAAAACCAGAGAACAGCGCCAAUGAUGAUAAUGAUCUAGAAAGUAAUUUCCAGAAGGAUAUAUUACAGAAAUUAAAAGACGUCAAGUAUAUCAGUCAUCAAGAUGAAAUAUUAGUAUGGUCAGACGAGAUGAGAGAUAACGUGGAAGGUGCCGUGGAGCUUGACGUUGGAAAAUGCAUUGAAAAUAAACAGCAAGAUCAUUUAGAAAUGGACCAUAAUGUAGCAUCUACUUCAGGCGUUAUUAUGUCAGAUACUGAGUCUUUUAUAGAAAGUAAUGACAAUUUGAUCUCCAGGAGCAGCAACUUAAAUAUAGAUAGUAACAGGGGCAUAGCAUAUCAUAGACGUACGAACUAUUUGCAUGUAGAACCAGAGCUGAAGGUUGCCAUUACACUUGAAGGUUACCCUCAAAAUAAACUAGAAGGUACACACAUUAGGAGAUUAAAACACCUGUUUAAAGAAUAUCUGCACAAGGAUUUGAAGAUGCAACGGUUUCCUAAUUUAAUUAUUCCAAAGUUCCAAGAUAUAUAUUUAUCUAACGGCGCUGUUAUCUACAUUUGUGAUAGUUUAGAAACAAAAGACUAUUUGACUGAAGUUUUACCCAAAUUUAUUAACUCAACGGGGCUAAAACUAACUUUCAGAGAUAUUAAAAGUUUGGUAAGGUAUACUAGGAUAGUAAUGCGACUUCCGAAAGAACAUGCUCACGUAGAAUCUUUAGAAAUAUUAAUGAAAUUACAAAGUAAGUAUCCAGGGUUGAAACCCGACUGUUGGAAGUAUUAUUCAGACGUUGCCGGCAAGCAGAAAAGACAAUUUGGCGUUGAUCCAGAAUCUUUAGAAGUCAUCAAAAGCCCUGACUUUGAUCCUACGUACAAAGGUGAUAAACUAACAUUCAGGAUUAUCGACAGACAGAAACGCGAUGUUAGCUUCGAAGAAUCAAGACUAGAUCCUGACAGUAGAGACACUAAGAAACAAAGAGAUGCUGUAUUCAAGAAUAUGUACGUACCUAUAGAUCCAGAAAUAAUGGCUGCACCUUUAACCAGAAUUCGCACCAAUCAUUAUUCAGAUUUGAUAGCGGACGACCUAAAGCUAUACGUAGGGCCUUCUAAUUAUCCAGAGUCAAGAGUUGAAGAAGUAUUAUUCCAUACUAUUAAAAGAACACUCGAGAACAUUGUUCUAGAAGCUAUAGAAAAAGAUGAGUUGAACGAAGAAACCAUGCCAAUAUUCCAUGAUAUGUACUUAUUUGAUGGUGUCAUUUUUAUCAUUUGCGCUAAUAUGCUAUCGAGAAAUUGGAUUGAACAAGCGCUAACAACAGUUAAUUCGAAAUUACAUAUGCAUUUAAAGUCGACCGAAUUUAGAGGAGCAGUCGGAAUUAUAAGUAUGUACGUAAAAACCGAUAUGGACACGAAUGAAGUGAUUGCAAUACUACAAGAGCAAAAUCCGAGAUUAAGAACGAAAUAUUGGAGAAAAAUAAGUACCGUUCGCACUAAAACGAAACUAGAUGUCGUACUACAAAUUGAUAAGUUAUCCGCUGAAGUGAUCACAAGUCCGAAUUUCAACCAAUUCGUAGGUGGCAGCGCUGUACAAUUUAAAUUAGGGCAUCUACAGUCGCUGCUGAAACCUAAACCCAGCUUAGAAGCGCUAAGCAAAAUUCAGACAACACGCUUAGAAAGUAAAACCAGUGAAACAAACCCAAUUGAACGAUCUAAAAGCAAGUCCUCUAUACAAUUGAUGACUAAGAAUCUGGAAAACCUCAAAUGUGAGCUAAAAAAUAAGUUCUCAGAACUAAACCCAGAACAGUGGAAUAUAAUAGCUGAACAUAUUCAAACGGACAGCAACGCUAAUGAAGUGGAGUUUGAAGAUAUUAACGCACAAGUCAACACAGAAGACUUCGACGUAAACACUGGUGAGCAAAAAGAGUUUUUAUACUCUGAGAAUAAGACUGAUUGUGAUCUAGACCCGGUAAUAAUUGAACCGGAUUCCCCGAGGAGCGCAGAAUUAAAUCUACCGCCGGACCAGCAAAGAUAUCAUAAAAUUAUACUCAAAAUUCCAUUAAAUAUUUUACCCGAAAAUAAAGAAGAUUUGAAUAUAAUCUUCGAUUUACUUGAAGAGAAAAAUCCUGGAUUAAACACGGAGCUUUGGCAGAUUUUCACUGAGUCUGCUUACCCGAGUAAUGGGAAAUUUACAAUAUACAUUGAUAAACAAUCCGUAUCGGUGAGGUCUCGCGCGUGUGUCACCUGCGCCGAGCCGGCUGACUUAUACUGCUCCAACUGCGGGGUAACGCCGUACUGCUCGACCAAGUGCCAGCUCAGAGACUGGCCCGGGAGACAUAGUGCUGUCUGUCACAAUUUGGUGCGGCUCUUAGAGAAGUCUGGCGUUAGCAUGCCUGCUGUAGAUUCAGAGCCCAGGAUACAGAAUGUAGCGCCGCUCCGUCGCCCCCACACGGUCACUGAUGACAGACGUGACCAGACUGAGAGACACGACCGCUCCGGCAGACGUGAUGAAGAUGCGGACACAGCAGUAAGUGGUAUGAGCAACAAGAGCGACAGCUACCGUCGCUUGCAGAAUAGGCCUUCGCAAUCUCAUCGCCCACCUCAACCCCAGGCCAGAAGACAGCCUGGUGGAAGUGGAAAAAACCAUCAGGUUAAUCCAAGGAAUUUUUCCCCUAACCAAAAUGGUAACAAGAACAUCCAACAACGCUCCAAUAAACAAAAAGUAGUCGAAGAUGACCCAGAUGAUUGGGACACUAAAAAAGAAGAGAAACCACCGGCCAAGUUUGAUGUUGCUCAUGAACCCAAACCUGUGAAGCCAGAAGUGAAGACAUCGCCAGCGAAAGCAUCAGUGCAAACUCCUUCACCAGCGCCUCAGACUCCACAGACAGAUGGAGCCAAGCAAGCAGCUUCAAGUAUUAAACUAUGCAGCGUAGGGGAUGUAACACCAACCCGUAAAGUGGUACCUAAGAACUAUCUGAUCGAGCAGCUGGCCAUCGGUGACACGGUGUUCCUGUCUGUGGAUGCCAGAGCCUCAGAUUGCAAGACAACGACCGGACACUAUGUCUGCCUCAGCAUGCACGAGAAGUUCGAGUUGGAUUACCAGUCUCUCUGCGAAGACUAUGUGCUGGUCUGUGAUGCUGACGACAAGGAAGUGAAAUUGACGCCCGGCGAGGCCUGUUCCUACUUUAACGAGGAAGACGGCGCCUGGUACAGAGCGCACUGCCUCAACCCGACCACGAUCGCGUUGUUCGACAGCUGCAAAAUCGUGACAGUGACCGCCACGGACAAGAUCAGGAAGUUGCCGCCCAAGUACGAUCAAGUACCGGAGUUCAGCUGUGUAUUAGAGUGUAAAAAUGCUAAGCUCGGCACCAAUCUGUCAUGCGUCAUUGCCGCGAAGGAAGGUGAUGGGUACAAUGUAACCUUGAAGAACAUGGAAACCGGCCAUUCAGUGGGUGAAGGAGUCCUAAAAAGAUGGGUGCCUACAGUGGAAUAUGCACCAGCAAAACCUGUGAUCCCAGAAGUUCCUCGGCCGCCCGUGGCGAACAACAGCGCGGUAUUGAUGGUGGACGCGACGGCCCUGGACCGCGUGUUCGUGCGACCCACAGACCCUCGCCGCCAGAGCGAGUACGACGACGUCGUACAGAACGCGCUGCUCGCCGGUCGGAAAGUAAAAGGCCAGACGGUCAUAGCGAAGUUCGCUGACGGCCUGCACUACAGAGCGCUGUGCAAACGCACCCACAUUGGACAGAACAAAUAUCUUCUCGAAUACAUCGACUUUGGUAACUUGGAAAUAUGCCGCAACCUCGAAGAUCUGUUCCCUUGCCCACCGAACUUAGACCUGGCUGCAGCCCCAACACAGGUGUCGAUGAUCAAACUGAGUCCAGAAGGUGGCGACUUUACCCCUCCUGCUAAGGAAUAUAUUGAGAAACUCAAAGAUUCCAGUGAAGAAAUGAUAUUGACCCUGCCCCGUGGCGAAUCUUCAGCUCCAAGUGGCUCUGAAGCUGUUUUGAAACUGUCGAAGAACAGCGAGAAUGUGAACAAGAAAGUUAUUGAAAUGUGCACUCCUGACUGGAAGAAGUUCCAGGAGAAAGGAGGUGAUGUAGUGGAAAUUGAACCUUUGAUGUAUUGUGACUUGGAGUACCAGGAGCUGCCGUCGGGACCACUCGAGCUGGUUAUUACGGAUGUCAGCGUCUUCCAGGGUGGAAUGUUGUCGGGGUACCUCAAGGAUGAUCCUCACGCCGACUAUGUGUUCUCGCAUCUUACACAGAAGAUGGCUGAAUACUGCAACAGUGAGAUCGGUAGAGACCCAUAUUUACCGAAGCCAGAAGAGCUGUGCAUUGCGCAAUGUCCACCAUACACGCAGUGGUUCCGCGCGGUGCUGCUGGAGCAGCUGCAGGGCGCGGGCGGGUCGCUGGCGCGCGUGUGCUACGUGGACUACGGCAACGUCGAGGAGGUGCCCGUCGCGCUCCUGCGCAAGAUGCUGCCCGAGUUUGUACGCGGCUUGCCCGUCCUCGGCUCCAACUUCGACAUCGAAGAUUUCCCCUCGGAGCCGAGCGAGGAGAUGCUGGCCCGCGCCCUGGAGUACAUGCGGCUGGACGAGGAGGGGCGCGGCGCGCUCACCGUGCAGCGCGUGGUGCGGCUCGAGGAGGGCCACCACCGCGCCGCCGCCCCCGCCCUGCUCCGCGCCAUGCGGACCCAGCUCUAG